GUUUUAGUGAGUGUGUGUGUUGGAGAAAAUCGAAUUUUUCAAAACAGUCUUUAAACGAAACUCAAAGUGUUAAGAUCGAAGUAUACAGCCAGGGCGCUCGAAAAAUACUUGGAUUACCAUCAACAACUAUUUUGGAUUACCCUAAAUCUACGCCUAGAACAUCUUUUAAGAUGCAUUUGCCUGCUGGUCCCACCAUGGUAGCUGCUCCUGCACAAGCCUUGCCCACCCAAAACAACAACUCCACCUCCAACAACAACAAUAACCAACAGACAAAUAACCGCAAUACCAACUCGGCCAGUUCCACGGGUUCCUCGACCCCGGACAACAAUUCCAAUGCCGCCAAAAUGCCCAGUUCCAUGACCGAUAUGUUUGCUAGCCUGCAUGAAAUGCUGCAAGAAUAUCAUGGUGAGUUGGUGCAAACCGGCUCACCCUCGAUACUAUGCUCGGCUUUGCCCAAUCACUGGCGCUCCAAUAAAUCCUUGCCAGGAGCCUUCAAAGUUAUUGCCUUGGAUGAUGUGCCCGAUGGCACUUUGGUCACCAUCAAGUGUGGCAAUGAUGAGAACUACUGUGGCGAGUUGAGGAACAGCACCGCCAUCAUGAAGAAUCAGGUGGCCAAAUUCAAUGAUUUGAGAUUUGUGGGACGUUCGGGACGUGGCAAAUCGUUUAGUCUCACCAUUACCAUAGCCACCUAUCCAGUGCAGAUAGCCUCAUACAACAAGGCCAUUAAGGUCACCGUUGAUGGACCACGGGAGCCAAGAAGUAAGCAAAGCUAUGGUUAUCCUCAUCCAGGGGCCUUCAAUCCUUUCAUGCUGAAUCCAGCUUGGUUGGAUGCUGCCUACAUGACCUACGGCUAUGCUGAUUACUUCCGCCAUCAAGCAGCCGCCGCUGCUGUCCAUCAUCCUGCCUUGGCCAAAACCUCACCCUCCUUGCCCAAUGGCCAGACAGUGGUGCCUCCACCAACAGCCGCUGCGGGUUCACCCAACGAAUACCGCCUGCCCAGCCAAAUAACACCACCACCUGCGGGAGUCAAUGCUGUCAAUGCCACCAGCAUGAUUCCUUCGCCUCCCGGCUCCACCUAUAGCAUGCCCCAGUUUCCCUUUAAUCCUGUUGCUGCUGCUGCCGCCGCCGCUGCUGCCUCGGCACACCCGGAUCUAAUGCAUGCUCAUCAGAAACCAGCCCAUGCUCACGCCUUCCAUCCCUACAACUUUGCCGGUUUGCGUCAACGUCCUGGUCACUUGCAUAACACCUCCUUGGGCUCCCAUUCCUCGGGAGAACACAUCAGCCCAGCCCACAUAAGUCCUGCUUCCUCCAGACCUUCAUCUUCAUCGCCCACUCAUCAGGCUUUAAGCCAAAAGCUAAACAUCUCUGUGGAAUCGAAUUCGGUGCAUGAGCAAUCAGCCUCCGAUGUCGAUUCGGAUGAUGAACAAAUCGAUGUGGUCAAAUCUGCCUUUGUGCCCAUCUUGCGUCCACAAGUGCCCAGCCUUAAUGGUUCCACCGAUGAUCUGGACAAGUCAAUUGAUUCCACACGUUCCUCGCCCUUGCAGAAUGCCCAACGUCAACGCUGCGACUUGAAAGCUCCCUCCGCCAUGAAGCCGCUCUUCCAUGAAACCUCACAACAUUCCCGCCAAUCCUCACCCGAAACCACACUGCCCGCCGCCACCAAGCUAAAGAAUGCCAAUAGCCAACAGAAGACCGUAUGGCGCCCAUACUGAGAAGUUAGGAGGGCGAAAGAUAUCGUCAAUGCUUUUCAUGUAUUACGUCUUGCCAAGGAAUUGGCAUGGAAGCGUAUUCUAAUGGCCAGUGAAAGCGGCGGCAUUUGAGAUGUCUGCCAGCAAAGAAAGCAAGGACUUGAGCUGUCCGCUGCU